AUGGCGGAGCGUCCUGGGGGUAAGAGGCGUUCGCGUCGUGACAGCGUGGACACCGGCGCCGCCGCGCGGCUCACGCCACCUGCCUCCAAGGAUCGGAGGACCAAAAGAUCCAGCAAACCGUCGAAGGAGCGAUGGUUGCUCACUAGGAAGACAUGGCGGUACAUGGCGGACGCCGGCAGGCGGUUGAUCCCCGACGGGACGCACAACCGGCCGGAGGACAUACCGAAGAUCGAGCAGUACUUCCAGGAAGUCUGCCAGAAGGAGCCGAGGUUCUUGCUAUGGAGGAAGGCCUCGUACCCGGGGACACUUGGCUUUCGUGCUCAGAGGCGCAGGCGGCCGGUGAAAGGCGGUAGCUGCAGGACGAAGGCCAGUUCCGCGGAUGAAGCGGAUGAUCUCAAGGGCGCGGGUCAAGGUUUCGUUCUGCAGACCACCACUGCUGGGAAGUUUGACUUGGCUAAGGCUAAGAGGGAGUGGUUACUAGCAACUGAAGGUGGCAGCACGCCGUCCAGCCCUGUGGCGCACAGGAAAUUCCAGCAGGAGGACACGGAAGCGAAAGCGUUGGCGGACAUGCUGCAGAAGUACCUGAACAUGCAGAGCGACGCUGCUGCGACCAGACCCGGCAGGUCGGAGUUGCUCGGACAGGCUGACGGGAAGGAGCCUUUCGAUUAUCAGAAUCUGAUAAACAAGCUCCAGCAGCAUUUAGACAUGAUGGUUGCUCAGGCUAAACUGGAGGAGUUGUCCGUUCGCCGGUCUUCCUCGGGUAAGAUUAAGGAUGCUAAAGAGAAAGAUGGAGACGCGAAGAUCCCAAAGUCCAUGCAACCGUAUCAAGGCGACUACGUGCAUAAGUCUCUAAUGGAGACGAUCAGCCGUUACUACAGCAAGUCUGGCACCAGGGAGCACGUGAUAUCGAACAUUUUGACGGACAGGAAGCUUCUGGAGAAACUGUACUUCGACCUUAGGUGUACCAGAGGGUUCAGGGGUCCUCGAGCUACCGGUGCUUACACGUCCCCGUCCUCGCGCUGGUGGACUCAUCAACGCAGCAGAAUGCCAGCGAAAGAGGAGGAUUGGUUGUCCAGUUGGAGGGAUCCUAUCUCUCCGCCUCCUCUGAUAGCUGUACAGGAGCCUAGCACUGAUAGAGGCCCCGUAGAGGAUGGUGUGCAGACUGAUCCCGUUCCUAGGGAGGUUCUCGACGCGGUGUUGCUGGAAAGAGAGAAGGAGGAGUUACAAGAGAAAGCGAUGCACAAGUCUAGCGGCAGGAGACGCAGCAGCGUUGACAACGACGAUGUCUCGCCAUCGGUUAGCGACACUAUCAAGAGGUACCUUCGGAUGGCUAGGAAGAAGUCUAUGGACGCUGAUAAAGUGGACAGGUUCAAACGGGUGAACUAUGACAGGAAUCUGAGGAAUAUCAAGGCCAAGGGCGAGACAACGAAACUAAGCGACGACGACGGUAACAAUAAAGGGUGUCAGACCGAUGACAACUGGGCGGUGAAUUAUAAGGAGUUGUCGUCGAUGGAGAACCCUCCGGAGAAUUUGUCCGACGUGGAAACGACCACCUCGCCGCCGAGUCGUAACGCGAGCUCGAGGAGCAGCAUCGACGCUGGCCUCGGCCCCGAGGAACCAUUGACCCCUAAACAUCAUCAUCAGUCCUUCCUCUCCCAUCUCCUUCACGGUUCCAACGCGCACAAGGAUAAGCCGCACUCGGCACCCGGUUCGCCGGCACUGACCUCGUCGUCGACCAAUUCCGCAGGUGGCACAGCGAUGCAGAAGAGCAAAUCGUCGAGCAGUGUGGUGCAUCACGGCAGCCGGCUGGUACCUAAGAAGAUAUGGCGGUCGCGGAGCAAGAGCACGUCGAGGGCGUCCAAUCAACCCUCCGUCUGGACGCCGCAAGGAAAGUGCACCUGGGCGGGGACCAAUGGUCGACGGGUCACCCUGCAGGAUACCUCACUGAGAUCGCUGUCAGAAAUCGAAAGGAAGGUCCUUUGCAAGGUGGCUGUCGCGAAGCUUCAAGCCUUGAAUUUGGGGGUACACAUUAGGCCGCCUACUGAAUCCCUCGGUGGCAGCGCUAUCACUACAAAGCCGAAGAGGAGAGCACCUUUGCUGAAGAGGAAGGCUCUCACGACAGGCUUCUUCGAUAAUAAAGGGAAGGAUGACAAGGAAAAGGAUGAAGGUGGCUCGUGCGAGUCUCUGUCGUCGAAAGGGGGUGCACUGACCGGAAGCGAUUCCGGCGUGCUGGAACUGAGCGACAGUGGAGGAGGAGGGCCUCCAGGGGAAUGGGACGCGGUACCGGCGAUAGUCAGACAAUGCAUCAGGCAUCUGGAGAACACGGGCCUUCGAACGCUUGGAGUGUUCCGAGUGUCGCCCUCGAAGAAAAGAGUCAGACAGUUACGAGAGGACUUCGAUUGCGGCCGAGAGACAAAAAUCGGCCCCGACCAAUGUCCUCACGACGUGGCAGCCCUGUUGAAGGAGUACUUUCGUGACCUGCCUGACUCCCUGCUUUGCAGAGACCUCUACCAAGCCUUCGUCCAUACACAAAAGAUCCGGAACAGACGGCUUCAGCAAGAAGCUCUUCAGCAUCUCAUUCAGCUGCUGCCCACGCCGAACCGCGAGACGCUCUGGGCACUUUUGAACUUCCUCAGCGUGGUGGCGGCGAACAGCGAGGAUCAAAAGAACGACACCGGCGAUUGGGUACCGGGGAACAAAAUGGACACGACCAAUUUAGCCACGGUAUUCGCGCCGAAUAUUCUUCACUGCGUGAAGCCCGGUCAAAGGUCAGAGGUGUCGGCCGAGAGAGCAGAGGAGAGGAUAGACGUGAUAAACGUGGUCAGAGCGCUUUUGGAACAUGCUUCGACGCUGUUCACCGUACCCGCUGCCCUUUUGGAUGAAGUCUACCUGCACAUGAUGGACACCCACCCGGCCGAAUUGGAUCUCGCCCUCUCCCGACGUUCCGAGGAGCAAUGCGGAGACGAGGCGGACCCGUGCAGCGAAGCGGAGACGUUCUCGGUGGAGGAGACUCUGACGACGUCGCCGACGACCACGGCCGGGACUACCGCGUCGACCAGAAAGGUGUGGACACGAGAACAAUGUCUUCACCAGACGGCCGGCAUAGGUGGGGACAUAGGUCCAAGGCCGCGACGGUCGAAAAGGCCGGGAAGUCGAAGAAAAGAGGAAGGCAGGAGUAACAGCGUGGACAGCGGAUCUAGCGAGGAUCCGGCGGAUCCUCGGAGGAGAUCCUCACCGAUGGUGAUCACCGCCAGUCUAACCAUACCAAUGCCCGGCGCGUUCACAUUGAACCUAGAUGAUCCGGACAUUCCUUACAUCGAAGAGGCGCCUAAGCAACCCAGCGUCCCCCCUAGGAGGCAGCGACAACGAUCGAUUUCCGGUUGCAGCGAAGGUACAUUGACACGUCAUUGUCAAGACAUAUUUAUCGUGUAA